AGGGAAACAGCUAUUAGAAGUGGAAGCGUGGUUCAGAGGAAAUCAGACGAGCAACAAAGAAAAGUGGAACUGGAGGCAUAUGUUUGGUUGUAACAAUUCUCAUCUUCCGAACUUUGCAAGAUGCGCCGAGAACGUACGCCAGUAUUUAGGGGGGAAGCUACCCCAUGUUUCCGAUCGAUGGAUCCAUUGCCCUGCGAUCAGGCAGUGCUCCCGAGCUCCAAAAAGGCUUGACGUUCCACAGAGUACUCGGAAUCUUUGCUUUGUCAAUCUCGCUCAAAUAAAAGAACGAAUCCUUGAAGUCGGUGAUGAAAAAAAGGCGUGAAACCACCCCAGCGUAACCCCCUAAUGUCCAUAAAAAACAGCUAUGCGCGUUAGACCAAAAAAACAAAAGUGGAGAUUAGCGGGAUUGAACCGCUGGCCUUCUGCAUGCAAAGCAGACGAUCUGCCACUGAUCUAAAUCCCCUUUCGAUACCUGAUGAACGUCGUAGCUAUUGGAAAUAUCAUAUGUUACACCUCAUCUCCCGCAUCCAUCCCCACCGAUUAGCUAUACGAUCGCAGGAUUCGAAGCCAUGUCGGACCAGCCAUACUACUACCAGACCAACAACAACAGCGCCGGUGGAGACAAAGGCUACCCCGCCCCCCAACAAGGCGGCGCCAGCGUCCCGCAAUACCAGCAACACCAGCAACAGCAACAAAGCCCGUACCCCGCCGCGGCCUACCCUCCCGCCAACCACGACCCUAAAGGCAGCCAAUACCCCCACCCACAACAGCAACAACAGCAAUCUGAACAGCAAUACCCCUCGCAACAGUACCCGCAGGAGACCUACGGGUCGUAUCCCCAACAGCCACAGUACCCCCAGCAACAGCAGCAGUACGCAUACCAACCGCAGCCGCAGGCGGGCACUCACUAUGUCCCGCAGCAGCAGCAAGCGCAGGGGAAGAAUAAUAGCAGUGGCCUUGUAACCGGAUUGGCCGCGGGAACUGCGUUGUGCUGUUGUUUGGAUUGUUUGUUCUGAGG